UCUUCUCUCUUCUGAAGCAGCACUCCUGGCCGGGCGGAGAACCUGCAAGGGCUCUGGUGAACAAACUGUAGCACCUCUUCUACUUGUGAGAUAUUUGUCACUUCCUUCUGCAAGACUGGCCCCGGCAGAAAUGCAGUCUCAGAGGAUCCCUGGAAGAAAACGAGGUCGGCCGCCUCUUCACGCAACACCCAUGAAAGUGCCAGUUCAUAACCUUUACUCUUCAUCAGCUGGUUCUUUACCAGCUGCGAAGAUCCCAAAGAAAAGAGGACGGAAACCUGGGUAUAAGCUCAAGACUCAGGUUCUUAUGACGCCUUUGGCUCUUUCACCUCCAUGCAGUACCCCAGAGCCUGACCUCAGCUCCAUCCCUCAGGAUGCAGCCACCAUCCCCAGCCUGGCUGUCCCACAGGCUCUCACAGUCCGACUGUACAUCAACAAGCAGGCCGAUGCAGGGCCCUACCUGGCGCGGAGGAAGGUGCAGCAGCUCCCAGAGCACUUUGGGCCCGAGCGGCCAUCAGCGGUCCUGCAGCAGGCGGUGCAGGCCUGCAUCGACUGUGCCCACCAGCAGAAGCUGGUCUUCUCCCUGGUCAAGCAGGGCUACGGUGGCGAGAUGGUGUCGGUCUCGGCAAGCUUCGAUGGGAAGCAGCACUUGCGGAGUCUGCCUGUGGUGAACAGCCUGGGCUAUAUCCUCCGCUUCCUCACCAAGCUGUGUCGGAGCCUCCUGUGUGAUGACCUCUUCAGCCACCAGCCCUUCCCCCGGGGCCACAGGGUUUCCCAGGAAGCCCAGGUGGAGGAGGAAGGCAGGAUGAAGUCAGACACAACCGUUUCCACCGAGGAGUGCCUGACGAGCCUCGUGGGCAUGAGCCGCUAUAGCAUGGACACCUCCAUCUCUGCCUUUAGCCACAGAGGCGCCCUGCCCACCGCCUCCUCCACGUACUGUAAGAAGCAGAACUCUGCAGAUGUUGCUCUGGGGGGAGCCCCAGCCCCCACAGCUGGUGGUUCCCGCAGCAGCACCGCCACAGCACCUGGCAGCACCACAGCACCAGGACUGAGGCCCCCAGGCUCCAGCCCCAAGAGAAACGGGACCUCACUGGAUGGAAUCAGAUGCGCCUCAAGCCCUUCUCCGGACAGGCCGGACGCCAGGCGGCUGCGCAGCCGGAACCCCUCCACCUGGACCGUGGAGGACGUGGUGUGGUUCGUGAAGGAUGCCGACCCCCAGUCUCUGGGUCCUCACGUGGAGCUCUUCAGAAAGCACGAGAUUGACGGCCAUGCUCUGUUGCUGCUGAAGAGUGACAUGGUCAUGAAGUACCUGGGCCUGAAGCUGGGACCAGCGCUGAAGCUCUGCUAUCACAUUGACAAGCUGAAGCAAGCCAAGUUCUGACAGUUUUGAAAAACACAGAUGCGAAAUCCAGACCACAGAGCUCAAGAUUAUCUUCUGCCUUACCAAUGUCCAGUUCUCACUAUAAA